AUUUUUUCGCUCUUUUUUCCUUAUUUACUUUCUAACGUUAUUUUUUGUCUCGCCCUACUCUUUUUAUCCUCUCCAGCUCUGUUCCACUUGAAAAGUCCUAAUAGAGGAAGCAUAAGGCUUACAUAGAAUGUCGGAGAAUGAAUCAUCGCCGGCCGACAUCGCGGGCUUGGACGAAGGCCAUUCGACAGGCCUGGGCGCCAGUCUCAACCUGGCGCUCGCAGCAACACUAGGCGCCAGCAAUUCGAGCGUACCUUCGUACUGCCACACGCCGUCGGAGCCAUACGAGGGCAGCGUUGCAGUGACCUACCCAUCGCCAGCACCCAAGGCGGCAGGAUUCUCAGGUGGCACACAUAGCUCCUCGCAGGAGGUCGCGCUAGAUGCAUCAGCGGGGGCGCUGCAGGCGGAAAUUGACCAAGCGUCGAUGACACUGGGCAGCGCAUGGUAUCUGGUGGACCGCAGGUGGUACACGCGCUGGCAGGAGUCGUUUUCUGGGAUCACGAGUUCCGACAUCGGCGCAAUCGACAACUCUGGCAUCACAGACAUGGACGGCGAGCUGCUGCCGGAUCUGCAGAUGGGCGAGGCCUUUGAGGCGGUGCCGGAGCGGGCGUGGGCGGAGAUGGUGCGGCUGUUUGGGCUGAAGGACAACCGGGAGGUGCGGCGCGUGGCAGUGGCCGAUGAGCACGGUGCUGCACGACUGGAGCUGUACCCGCCAUCAGUUUUUGUUUCGUCACUCAUUAACGAGGAGGAGCCAGCGAAGAGGAUAGCCAUUUCGCUAGCGGCGCCGCUGAGCGAGCUCGAGUUCCGGGUCAGAACGGCGUUUGGACUGGCGGAGGGCGACGAUAUAUCACUGUAUCUGCCGUCAUCCAGCAUCCGCGGGGGCAAAAAGGAGGAGGCGCAUUCUGAUGCGAGCCCGCCGUCGUAUGAGGCUGCGGUGGUAGAUGAUGCGGACCACGGGGCGGGCUCGGAGAGCCGGCUGAUCGGGGUGAUGGAAGAUAAAUCGACAUCGCUGGUGGCGGCAGGGAUUCUGGAGGACUCGGCAGUGUGGAUGAUGACGGUGCCCAAGGAAAUGAUGGGGCUUGCCAUGGGAGAUCUGCGCGCGGGCUCGGAAGCCGACGAUGCGUCAAGUGUGAGUGCGGCAGCACUGUUCACGCCAUCAGGGCGGCGAGAGCGCGCUGGGUUUGGGUCGGCAUCAGAUAGCGGCAACGAGGCCAGCAGUGAGGACGCCAACGAGGUGACCAGCGGGUUCGUGUCGACCGACGCUAGCACCGCAUUGCUGGCGCGGGCCGUGUCGCAGGAACACUACCUGUGCGGGCUGAACAACCUGGGAAACACGUGCUUCAUGAACUCGGCGCUGCAGUGCCUGGGCCACAUUGGCGAGCUGACGCGGUACUUUGUGUCGAAUGUAUACACGAGCGAGCUGAAUCGCGACAACCCGCUGGGUAUGAAGGGUGCCGUGGCAUCGUCGUAUGGGCGGCUCAGCAAGGCCAUGUGGGAGCUGGGCCGAGGGGCAUAUGCUCCACGGGCCUUCAAGCAGACGAUUGCACAGUGGGCGCCGCAGUUCCGCGGGUACAACCAGCAGGACGCACCCGAGUUCCUGGCGUUUUUGCUGGACGGGCUGCACGAGGACCUGAACCGGAUCCUCAGCAAGCCAUAUAUUGAGGUGCCGGACGCCAAUGGGCGACCCGACGCGGAGGUGGCUGGCGAGCAGUGGGAGAUCUACAAGAAGCGCAACGACAGCGUGGUGGUGGAUCUGUUCCAGGGCCAAUACAAGAGCACGCUGGUGUGCCCCAAGUGCGAGAACGUGUCGGUGACCUUUGAUCCCCGCCAAAAGUGGCUCGAUGUAUCGCUGGUGCCGCUCAAUAGUUCGGUCCAUGCCACGCAUAUGAAUUUGCUGGUGUGCAAGGACGACUCGAUCUACAGUGACGAGGACCCCCUGGCAGAUAUCAGCGACUCCGACUCUGUGGUCAUGUACGAGCUGGAUGCCAGCGUCGAGGAGGUUGCUGAAGACCCGCUGUCGACUGAGUCUGUGGUGGUACAGCUCCUGUGCAGCAAGGGUGAUGAUGGGUCGUCGAGCUCGUCGUUCCGCUACAGCUAUGCGCCGGAUAUCAUCUCGAAGCCACUGAUCGUCACGCUGCCGAGGGCCGAGCAAACCAUGGGCGACCUGUACCUGCAGAUUGCGACGGUGCUGGCGCGCUGGACCACCGUUGACAUGUCCAAGCUAAUCGAGCAGCUCAAGGAUGCACAUGAGGGUGGUUCUGGAAAUGGCGGCUCUGACACGGGGCGGCUGCUGGAGUUGCUGGGCCGUGCAGUGUCACUUAGCGUGCACCGCGCAGGGCCAUCGGGUCCGCGGUUCCAGCGCCGCAACAUGUCGUAUCUGUCGUAUAUGCCAAUGGGCCGCCGCAGUACGCCGAACUCGUUUAGACCGUUUGAAGACCGUCUGACCAACGAUAACUGCGAGCCGCUUGUGCCGGCGUCAGAGGAGAAAGCACCUGUCGCGCUGUCGCAGAUGUCGGUUGAUGAUGAUGUGCCUGCUUUGCAGCAGUCGCGCAGGCGGAUGCGCUCGGACGAUGAUGGUGGGCGGUGGGAUAACAGCGAGUCGGAUAACGAGCCUGAGGUCGGCGGGCGGGCAACGCCCAAGCGGGCAAAGUCUGAUAAUGAGGAGAAUGAGAGCGAUGGCGAGGCGAAGCAGCUGAUCACAGUAGUCAGCAGGAAAAUGACAGGCAGUGAGGAGUAUCCUGUCGAGGUGCUAGGGGGUGAUGAUGGCGAGUCUGAUGCGCAGUCAACCAAGACGCAGAACAGUCCGAAUGACUCGGACGACGAUAUGGCGGCAGCCACCGCUGCACUGUCGUUUACAGACAUUAUGAGCAGCAGAGCUCGCGCGCUGUUUGCGGAGCUGCUACUGGACGAGCCCACCAUGGAACCGCGGCUCGACUCGCUGUUCGAUUUCGGCCGAGCGGACCAGUUCGCAAUGCCAGUAAUGGAGGACGCGUCAAAGUACACUGGCCUGCCUGCGGUGACCGAUCUGGCAGUGUCGGAGCCUCCGCGCACAGCGCGCCGGCCGUCAUUGGUGCAGCGCGCGCAGCGGACAAUCACGCUGGAGGAGUGCCUGGCGGAGUUUACACGCGCAGAGGAGCUGGGCGAGGAGGAUCUGUGGUACUGCAGGCCAGUUUUGAUUUGUGGCGGGUGCCAGGAGAUCUUGGUGGUGCACCUGAAGCGGUUCCAGCACUCGCGGGCGUGGCGUGACAAGCUCGAUGCAUUUGUGGAUUUCCCAAUCACGGGGCUGGAUCUGACCAAGACUGUGGUGAGCAAGCUUGACGGGAGCGCGCUGGUCUACGAUCUAAUUGCAGUGUGCAACCACUACGGCGGGAUCGGCGGCGGGCACUACACGGCAUAUGCGCUGAAUCCCGAGGACCGCGAGUGGUAUGACUUCAACGACUCGCAUGUGUCCCCGGUGGGCAGCCCUGAUGGCGUCAAGACAUCUGCUGCUUACAUGCUGUUCUACCGGCAACGGCGAGAGGGCGAGCAUGCAGGGGACUCAGCGGCGGCAAAGAUCAAUGAGCUGAUUGCCAGAUUUGAGGAGGCAGAGAAGGAGAGGAGUGAGCGUGUGCCGGGCUCGCCGAUUGCAGGGUCGGCUGCGGUGAUGCCUGACCUGGACUUGGCGAUGCCGUCACCCUCAGGCGAUUUUAUGGAUGCCGACGAGGAACACGAGUUUGCGGGCAACGUCGAGGCGCUGGCGGAGAUCGGGCCUGUGGGCCUGGCAAACAAUGACGAUACGCAUGCAUCGCUGUUUGGCGAGGACCCGCAGUCAACAAUUGAAGAGGAUGCUGAUAUGCUUUAA